AUGCAGUCAGGAAUUGCAGUCUCCUCCGAGCUGCAUAAUGCAUUCAACGACUUCUCCUCGGACUCCUCCAUCUUCUGUCUCCCUGUAACCAUCACAGCAGAGAGCCUGACCCCCCUCUCCCCUAUCCGCUUCUCCUCCCCCGGCGCAUUCUACCCCUCCCUCUCGCAACUCUCAUCUGUGCUACAGCCGAAAACUCCCCUCUAUCUGCUUUUCCGUCGCCCCGAGUCGGGUUCCUCGUCCCUCUGCGCGUUGACAUACAUUCCCUCGAAUGCCCCCGUCCGCGCCAAGACGCUCUUCGCCUCGACCCGUGCCACGCUGGUGCGAGAACUAGGCAGCGAGAAGUUUGCGACUACCAUCUUUGCGACAGAGGAGGAAGAAGUCACCAGCGAGAAUGCGUGGCGCGAGAGGGAUGCAGAGAAGAAGGGGUCUGGUGCCAAGGGAGAUUUCAGAAGGGAGGAUUUGAUGGGGGACAAGGAGCGUGAGCUGGAGGCUGUACGGAGGGCGGAGGAGGAGGCUAGAAGUGGUACUCCUGGUAGGGAUAUCGGGAUUGGUGGAUCGUUCGCGAGAGGUGGUUUUGGGUCUGGUGUGCAGUCUGGGAUGCGGAUGACUGUAGACGAUGACGUGAAGACUGCUCUUGACGGACUACAGGAUGGUGGGCUGGUGCAACUGGCCAUUGACAUCCCGUCGGAAACGUUCAAGCUCGCUGCUGCGGAGUCUGGUAUUGACGCAAACUCCGUCCAGACGCAUAUUUCGUCAUCCUCGCCUCGGUACACUUUUUAUCACUAUCCUGAAACCGACACCGUUUUCUUCAUUUAUACCUGCCCGUCGGGCUCGUCGAUCAAGGAGCGCAUGCUUUACGCAAGCUCUCGGAUGUAUGCUCUUCGCGUAGCCGAUGAACAGGGGCUGAAGAUUUCCAAGAAGAUCGAGGCAUCUUCUCCUGACGAGAUCUCAGGUGACAGAUUGCAGGAGGAGGUCCAGCCCCAACAGAAUGAUGGACUGAGACGAGGAUUCGCCAGACCAAAGCGGCCUGGAAGGUAG